GCUGAGAGAGGGCUCAUCGGCUGUUUCAGGGAGGAUAACGUGGUGGUUUUAGAGGUUGAAGAGAUGAAUUCACAUCAACAUCAGCAACAUCAGCAGCAUCAGCAGCACCAGCAUCAGCACCAGCACCAGCACCAGCAGCACCAAACGUUCGAGCAGUUCAUCUCUGCUCAGUCAAAGUCCCAGAGAUCACAAGAUCAACAGCGGUCUCUAAACUUGAAAUACAGAUCACACCUCCAGCCAUUGAAUGCGUCGCAGAUGAAUAACAGCAGCUCUGGUAGGAUCGCUGGUGGGAACGCUCCACAGCAGCAGAAGCUGAGCGAGGCCCAGGUGGCGAGGGCCAGCAUCUCUCAGAGGAAGUCAUUGCUGAUGGAGGAAGAGUACGAGUUCUGUCCAACGUCACCAUCCACAGUACAAGGUGGUUUUGGCGGCGGCUCUGCUGGCUUCUACGGUAAGCGCCCAAACGCUGCUAACGGCGCCAGCUUGGGUAACGGGCUCCUCGCCAUGUUGAACGGUGGCCCCGUCCGCCCAAUGUCCCCAUAUUCCACUCCUGUGAAGAUGAACAGGAUGUCACAACAAUCGCUGUCCCAUCAGCACCAACAAUCGCCAUCAGGGUACCUAUCACCAAGGGUCAUUGGCUCUCCAAGCCAGACCCCGGUUUAUCACAAGUCUCCGCAGGGGAUCAUCAGAAGAGUGGAAAACACCGGUAAUUAUAACUCCAACCCUAACUACUACCAUUCAGCUUGGUAAAUUUGAGCAUUGUUACAUUUGGUUUAUUGCAUUUCUAUUGGUUCGCUUCUUUGUUUCGGUCCUGUUUUCUUUCUUUACGUCCAUUUCUCCCUUUUGGCAAUCGUCGCCUUUCUAUUAUCAACAUCAUGACAGCAUAUUAUACAAUUGAGAGGACAAGGAAACAUUAAAGGGCAUGCUUCUAUUUUUUAUUACUAAGUAUAUCAUCAUCAUCGUCGUUAUAUGUUCAAUAAUUUAAUGGUACACGGGGUGCACAGUGUAUCAAUGAGUCCACUUAUAUAGAAAAACUAUCUCCAUCCACGUUGUUUUGCAUGAGUUUUGCUUUGUUUCAACAUGGAACGAUCGUUCCAUGUAUAUUAUUUCACAUCUAUCAUAACCAGCUACUACACAUGGUCUCCCAUUCUAUACAAAUCUGUAUACGAUUACAGAUCAGCACCAUAGAUCAUGUUAGUUGUAAUAAUCAUAAUAUAUAUUUCAUAAAAGACGUGCACGAGCG